CGUGCUCUGCAUGGUGUGUGGCUGCCCAGAGAACUGUCGCUGCCACUCGGAGUCCGUAGACUGCAGCCGACGGGGUCUGACUGAAAUCCCCUCUGGUUUGCCGCCUCAGACUCUAACGUUGCACUUACAAGAUAACCAGAUCCGCCAGCUUCCUGCUUUUGCAUUUAGGUCAGUGCCACGGCUCAUGACCUUGAACUUGUCCAACAAUUCCCUUUCUACUCUGGCCCCUGGAGCUUUCCACGGUCUUCAGCACCUGCAAGUAUUAAACCUAACCCAAAACUCCCUGUGUUCUCUGGAAAACGGACUUUUCCAUCCCCUCCCACAGCUAAGGGAGCUUGAUCUGUCAUGGAACAACAUCAGCCACCUUCCCACGGCCCUGGGCGAGCCUUGGGAGAAUCUAACUGUGUUCGCAGUUCAACAAAACCAGCUUCAGCAGCUAGAUCGAACGCUCCUAGAAUCCAUGCCUGGAGUGAAGCUUUUGUUGCUCAAGGACAACCUCUGGCAAUGCAAUUGCCACUUACUGGGUCUUAAACUCUGGCUGGAGAAAUUCGUCUACAAAGGGGGAAGGACGGAUGGUGUUAUCUGUGCGUCACCAGACACCUGGAAGGGAGAGAACCUCCUUACGAUCCCUCACGAGCUGUACGCUCCCUGCCCCUCUGCUCCUCUGGAUCCAGUGCCCACACAGGCUCGACAGCCAGGCUCUACCCACAGUGCUGCAGUGAGGCCUCCUGAGAACCACCCCGCAGGGGAGCAAGACCACUCCGAGUGUGGGCUCAAGCCCAAACCGAGGCCAGCCAACCUGCGGCAUGCUGUGGCCACUGUCAUCAUCACGGGGGUUGUGUGUGGGAUUGUGUGUCUCAUGAUGCUGGUGGCCACCAUCUAUGGCUGCACCUAUGCGGCUAUUACAGCCCAAUACCGUGGGCGACCCUUCGCUCAAACCAAUGAGCCAGGGAAGACAGAAGGAAAGGGGCUAUUUGACAGCUCACCAGCCUGAGAAUUUCAUCUCAAAGAGAAAUUGUUAUUCUAGGCCAGGAGAAAGUGUCUGAGCAGGCCGAUGUGUUCACUGUCACUGCCUCAUUUUCCUUUUUCCAAAAGUGUGUGGGGGGGGGGGCUUGUACCUGUAUAUUCCUGGGAAGAAAUUUAUGCUGCGAUUUAAAAAAUACCAUCGACGAUAGAGAAAUGAUACUUGUGCUUUGUGCCUGUGAAGCUACUUCAAUUUUUCCACGGGGGGUGGGUAGAGAAGGCCAGACACAGAGAAAGGGAAGAUACCGUCUCUUUCAGGUCCUCGUCCCUGGAUUGAGUUGCUUUUACAGAACAUGAGAACUCAAACACACGUGCCAGUCAGCAUUCCUGGGAGCUUUAUGAUCCAUGGGAAAAAUGCCCAAGUUUGAGUGCCUGGGAAGAGGCCGGUGAUACUACCCGAGGGGCACUGAAUGCCUCUGUAAUUCAAGUUCAUGCUAGAUUGGCGAUAUUUUCAGAUGUUGUGUACGUUAUAUAUUUAAUGGGAGUGUCUGAUGGUUGGGAAUUUCGUAGCUUGCCACAAAAGUCAGAUUAUAUUUAAUUUUCUAAAUCAGAAAACCAUUUGGGGCUUUCUAGGCCACAGAGGAAGAAGAGGGUUCCACGUUUGGAUAAUGGAACUCAGGCCCAGAGUCUGGGGAAGUUUUCUGAUGCAAGGGUAAAUAAUAUAUAAACAAAAACCAGGAGGAUGGGGAGCCAGAAUUCAGGGCAGAUAUUACCAAGAGGCCAUAUCCACCAAGUGAUCGGAACCUUCCAUUUAUAACCGGCACAGCAGGAAUGAAUUUAGGGUGGGCUGAGAGCGAGAUAAUGGCUUUUGUGUAUCUGUAUCUACAUACGUAGUGCGCAGAGUGUGUAGCCUUGUACAACCACACCCACACAUAAACAGACAGAGUAAUCAGUCCACCCACUAAUGAAAUGCAGCCGUGUGAG